UCCGCUGCAUGGAAAGAUGUUUGAUGGCCGUGGUACGGCUGGGACACAGGAGAUAGCGGACCUACAAGGAACAGUGCGGGUCGGAGGACCAGUCACGGGAGCCAGUCGUUGACCGGCAAAAGAGCAGCAAGACACGCGAGUUUCUAAGGCAGCUCUCCCUUAUCUGACCCACCCACCCUGGCAGGUGGGUUUCGGCCCUGACACCCGCCCCACCCCCCAGUCAUGGGAUCCGGUGCCUCGGUUCUGGAUGAGGGCCAUCUCAUCUACAGCAUGACAGUGCCCCUGUCCACUGUUAUCAUCCUGGCCAACCUGCUCAUCCUGCUAGGAAUCGUAUGUAACCGGCAGCUGCACAACACCCCCAACUACUUCUUCCUGAGCUUGCUGGUGGCUGACCUGUGCACGGGUGUGGCUCUGCCCUUCAUCCCCUGGAUGGGCCUCAACCGUGACCUGGGCUUUGAUGCCUGCCUGCUAGUGCACAUCUUCCCCAACUUUCUCUUCCUGUCCUUCCUGUCCAAUCUGGUGAUGGUGCAUUAUGAGCGCUAUGUCUGCAUUGUCAGCCCGCUGCAUUACAGCCACUUCUGGGCACACCGUUGCUUCCUGCUAGCGCUUCUGGUCGUGUGGGUGCCGCCGCUGCUCUAUGCCUCGCUGCCUGCCUUCGGCUGGAACAACCGGCGUAAUGGUGGGGGUGGGGGCGGCAUGGGGAAUGCCAGUGUGGCUUUCAAUGACACACCGGCCCACUGGAACGUCUCAGUGGAGGAGGAGGCGGUGUACUCGGCAGAGGAGAGCUGCUCCUAUCGUGUCAUCUUCCCCACAGACUUCAUUUACCUGGAGGUGUAUGGCCUGCUUGUGCCGGCCAUCAUCUCUGUGGCAGCUAUGACAGCGCGUGUGUUGAUCAUUGCACGCCGGCAGCUGCGCAGUAUCUGUAAGCUGCACCGCGCAGCCGGCCAGGCCGCUGCCUCUGAGGCACAGCAGCGGCUGAACUUGCGCUAUGCUCGCUGCGUCACUGCCGUCUCCCUGACCUUCUUGGUGUGCUGGGUGCCCUAUAUCGUGUAUCUGCAUGUGUCCGUGGCCUUGCUGCGCCGGGACGGGGGCCCGCCCGUGGGGCCCACCAUCCAUACCGUGUUGUCCUGCACUGGCAUUGGCAGCAUGGCUAUCAUCCCCGUGGUUCUGGGCUUGGGGAACCGGCAGUACACUGACCCGGCACGUGAGCUCAUCCGCAGGAUGCGGGAGCGCUGGGUGGGGGGGUGCUGUAGCGGGGGUGAGCGGACAGGACGGGGCUGA